ACCACAAGCGGUAACCCCGAGCUACACUCGGGAAUACCCUGCAGCGUUGCUCCGGGAUCACUUCUUCACUUACCUUGUCCUGCGCUCCCGCGAUCUCUCCCCUGCAGUGUCCCUGGCAAUGUCCUCUGGCCGAUGCCGGCAUUUGUCUUCCGGGUUCCGUUCCUGCGACGUCGGGAUGUACGGGGGACAGAACUGGCAGGAAAUUUUAAAAUUGUAAAAGGGACCAUUUCACAUACAUUUUGUCCCGAGUGCUUUGUCCGGCGCCCUGCCUGCAUUUUUACUGUUCUUUCU